AUGCUUUCAUUCGUUUUCAAUAUUGGAUUGGCAUUAUUCUUAGGAGUAUGCAUCGGGCUGGAAAGGCAAUUCCGCCAUCGGGCAAUUGGUCUUCGUACGAAUACUCUUGUAGCUUUAGGCGCUGCCAUAUUUAUGAUAAUAGCCUCUAGAAUAGGCGGAGACGCCGAAGGGCGUAUUGCCUCCUAUAUAAUUAGUGGAAUGGGCUUUUUAGGAGCAGGAGUUAUUUUAAAAGACGGAGGUUCUAUAAGAGGGCUCAAUACGGCUGCUACUCUCUGGUGUACGGCAGCUAUCGGCGCUUUUUGCGGACUUGGAUAUAUAUAUGAGCCUCUGCUAGGAACUGCGGCCAUUAUUGGAGUUCAUGCUCUAUUACGCCCUAUCUCAAAUAAGAUAAUGAAAACCAAGGCUUUUAAUGACAGUGAAUCGCUGGAAUAUCACUAUAAAUUUUUUGCCUGUUGCAAAGAAAAUGUAGAAAACCAUAUUAGGGUCUUAUUUGUUCAAUACAUAGGUAAUAACAAUGAUUUGAUGCUUAGUUCCCUAAACAGUUACGAUUCCGAAACUCCAUCUGCCUCUAUCAUAGAAGCUGAGAUUAUUAGUUUUACCAAACAAGAUAAUGCUAUUGAGAAAAUAGCUUCUUUCUUGACUCUGGAAAGCGGUAUUUAUUCUAUAAAAUGGAAAAUCAAUAAUGUAGACGCAAAUUCAUAA